CGGUCACAUUGCGCUGCACAAAUUCGAUACCACACGAAUUUUAUUUCGUGAAUUUUAUUGAUUCUUUUUGGAGAAAUUGUCGCUUAAAGACCUUUCUGCACGAGUUCUACGUGGCUGCACCUGUCCGCCGGCAUCACCCAGGCCACAAAAUUGGGUGCGCUCCACCGGAAUCGCUAGCAUCACUUGGAUUGGAGCACUUGCACCGCUUUGCACACCACAGCCACUCCCCCCCUCCCCCACCCCCCAACACUCUUGGCAGUUUACCCUUACCCCUUGAAACUAAAGAUAUCCAAAUCAAAGGCGAAGAAGUCUCGGAAAAAAUGGUGGACGCCGCCAGACAAAUGCUCGAUGAGCUGAUGGGCAGGAAUCGGAACCUUCAUCCCUCGGAGGCGGGCGCCAAGGUCAACUGGGAGGAUCCCGAGUUCUGCCAGUUCUACAAUGUUAAGUUCUGCCCACAUGAUCUGUUUAUAAAUACCCGCGCGGAUCUGGGACCCUGUGCCCGCAUCCACGACGAGGAGGCCCGUCAUCUGUACGAGGAUGCUCGUCCCUCGCAAAGGAAACGACAGUACGAAGAUGAGUUCCUGCGCUUUUGCAAUGUCAUGCUGCACGAUGUCGACCGAAAGAUCCAGAAGGGCAAGCAGCGCUUGCUUUUAAUGCAAAGGGAUCAGCCCAAUACUCCGGCUCCGUUGAGCAGGCACCAGGAGCAGCUGGCCAACCUGAAUGCUAGGAUCAAUAAGCUCCUCUCCGAGGCCGAGGAAGCGGGCAUUCGUGGCGAUGUGGAUCAGGCGCAGGAUUUGAUGACCCUGUGCGAGGAGCUCAAGGAGGAGAAGGAGCAGCUGGUGCAGCAGCACGAGGCAAAUCACAAGGCCAUCAGCAGCAUUAGCUUGGCCAAGCCACCGGACGAUGAGCUGCAGCCGGGGCGCAGCAGCAGUCCUGGCACAAAUCCCAGCGACGACACCCCCAAUCCACUUCCUGCGGCCGCCAUCACCAGCGAUGAAACUCUAGAGGCUGCUCCAAGUACGGCAGCAGCAGCAGCAGGAGCUGCUCCAGCGGAGGAAGGUGAAUCAGCUGGAGCAUCGGGUGAAGAUAAAGCGGAGAAGAACGAAAGCAAGGCUGCUGGCUGGUCGCACGAUGCCCUGCCCGAGAAACAAAUGAAGGUUUGCGAGAUCUGUGGCGCCUUCCUGAUCGUCGGCGAUGCACAGCAGCGGAUCGAGGACCAUUUGAUGGGCAAACAGCAUUUGGGAUACUCCAAGCUUCGCAACGCCGUCGCCGAGAUCAACGAUGCGCGGCAGAAGGAGCGCGAGCAGGAGGAUCGACGUCGGCGGGAGGGUCGAGUGCAGCGCUUCCACUCCUACGAUAACAGACGCGAGCCACGCAAUGAGUACCGGGAACGAAGUCGUGACUAUGUCCAAAAUCGCCAGCCCUCGGAUCGGCGUCACCAUCACCAUAAGUCGCAUCACAGCUCUCAUCACUCGUAUUCGCGCAGUGGCGGUGGCGGCGGCGGAGGAGGAGGAGGAGGAGGAGGCGGUGGUGGUGGUGGUGGUAGUGGUAGUGGCAACCGAAGCAACCGGAGCCAUCACAAUCACAACCAUAAUCACUACCGCCACGACAGCCGCGAACGACAUUGCCGCAGUCGGAGUCGCAGCCGCUACUAGAGACCAAAAACAGCAUAAUAAACCAAGUGAAAAGCAAACACCACAAGUAAUAAGCAGAAAGUCAGAAGCUGUUCCCAAAGCCCUAAAAACCCGCAACUACACAAC